AUGGGUAUUAAAGGAAUUUACGGGGAAAUUGGGCCCGGGAAAAGGGUUUCCCUUUCCAAGAUCUCGAUUGAGAAAUUCGAGAAAACCGGGAUUCCUUUGAGGAUUGCGAUCGACAUAUCAAUUUGGAAUUUUCAGAUCCAGGCUGGUCAAGGUGGCACCAAUCCGGCAUUGAGAACCUUAUACUAUCGACUCCUCAGACUCCUUUCCAUUUCCGUGCAACCACUGUUUGUCUUCGAUGGACCUCACAAACCACCCGUCAAGCGUAACAAGCAAACAGGUCGAGGUGGUGCUUCUAUCCCGGAUUUGAUGACUAAAGAGCUUCUCAAACUAUUUGGAUUUGAAUAUCAUAUUGCUCCUGGAGAAGCUGAAGCGGAGUGCGCCCUUCUACAGCGUGAAGGUGUUGUAGAUGCUGUUCUGAGUGAGGAUGUUGAUACCCUCAUGUUUGGAAGCGGGUUGACUUUUCGGAGCUGGUCAUCAGAAAAGAAGAGUGGUGCUGGUACACCAACGCAUGUUAAUGUUUAUGAUGCCAAAGCGACCAAAGCCGGUAGAUCGGGAUUGGACCGUGAAGGUAUGAUUUUGGUGGCUUUGAUGAGUGGUGGCGAUUAUAAGACCGAAGGGAUUCCUGGAUGUGGUGUCAAAGUUGCUUGUGAAGCUGCUAGAGCUGGUUUUGGAAAGAGAUUGUGUCAGAUUCGUAGGGAAGAUGCGGCUGCAUAUGAUGAAUGGAGGGCAGAUUUGGCUCAUGAAUUAUUCACAAACGAAAGUAAAUUUUUUAGAACCAAACGAAAGGCACUACAGAUUCCUGAGGAUUUUCCGGAUAGGAAAGUUUUGGGGUACUAUACACAUCCAGUUGUUUCCUCAUUAGCGAAGGUGGAGAGACUCAGAGAUCAGAUUAUUUGGGAGGGCGAUAUUAAUGUUCCGAAACUUCGACAUUUCGUGGCUGAUGCAUUUGAAUGGAAGGGGAAAGAAGGGGCCAAAAAGUUCGUGCGAGGCCUAGCACCAGCUUUAUUGUUAACGAAGCUUCGUCAACGUGGAGAUCGUCAAAAUUCUGGAUAUGAUGACCCCAUGCUCACCAAGCUUAAUGAAAUGGAACUGGUAAAGGCUAUUUGUGGCCAAAGAAAACAUAUCACUACGGAUGAAGUCCCAGAAAUGAGAGUCAUCUAUCAACCUCUGGAAAUAGUUGAUAUUAAUCUAGAUGAGGAACAUGAUGAGAUCGAAGACUAUGGAAGGGAUGGCCUGGCUCCUCUUCUCGAGGAUGACCAGAUACAAGCAUAUGCUUCGGAUGAUGCAGCACCAAGCGAUAGUCCACGAAGACGUGGACCUUCUCCAUAUGAUCCGAUGAAAGCGGAUAAAUUAUGGAUAUUUGAGACCAUAGUCAAAGUCGGAGUACCGCUUACCGUGGAGGACUAUGAAGAAGCUCUUAGAGACCCUAAAAGGGCCUUGAAACAGAAGGCUGCGGCCAAAAAAGCAGAAACUAAAACUACUAAGCCAAAAACGAGUACUAAAGCUACUGGUGGAAUGCCUAAGGGUGCAUUAGAUCGUUAUGUCGAGAUUUCAGAAAAAGGCACCAGAACUAAAUCCAAAGUAUCAAGUCAGCCUGUCCAAAAUUUCGUCAUAGCGGAAGAGGAUUUACCGCCUCAUUUCCUAGCCCCAAACCUUCGAAGCCCUAAAUCGCCAGAAGAAACAAUGUCCUCAUACAAAACAGCCGCUUCCUAUAAUUACUCACCAGGGAGAAUCAUCGAUCUUACUUCUUCGCCUCCAGGGACUCCAGUACUUUCUUACGAUCCUGCGCCUUUAGACAGAGAUUAUGACGAAUCACCCGGAUACCCCAAGCUCGUCCUCCCAUCCAGUUCGCCUGUCACAAUGAAAAAUAGCCCACAAUAUCAAGCACAAUAUCCUGCUCACGAUCACGAUAUCUGUACACCCACAUACCACACCACAAUCAACGUGCACACAACCAUCUACAAUAUCACACAAUCUCCCUCACCUUCUCCCCUCAAAUCUUCUAAACUCCCCAAACCAUCAAAACGGGAACAAACAAAAACAAUAAGAAAACAAACUAUAGAAACGCAAAUUGUUGAGGAGUCAUUCGAUGAGAAGAAGAAAGAGAAGAAUUCAAAAAGAUACAUAAUGUUACGAGAAUCAUUACCGGGUUCGUGGAGAGAAGUCGGGAGAGAGGAGUUGAUUGAGGGGAGGAGUAGGGCGUGGAGAGCAGAGGAGGUAGAGGUGUUGGAUUUGACGGGGGAAUUCUAA